ACAAUAUUAUAAAUCGUUAAGAAUCUUAUCGUCGAGAUUAAAGAAUUACAAAGAGAUGCAGGCUGAAUACCCUAAUUAGUCUGUGGUAGUAUAUAGACCCAGCGGGUCAACUAAUCGAUGUCAGUUGAUGCUUUGACAUUGUUGUGUGAGUUCCUUUCUUUGAGCCAUUGACGCUUAGAUUUAUUCUGACAAGAUGACAAAGUCAUUCCUAUCUAGAAUAUAUUAUGAACGUAAAGUCCACAGAAGGACAUUCUGCUUAGAUCGUUUCAACAUUAGUACAGACGAAGCAAUAGAUAUGGAAGCUCAUAGGGAUACUCUUUGUGAAAAAAUUUGGAAGGCCAGAACCUUUUCAAUUAUUGCUGAGGAUGACAAUACGAAGAAGAUUAAAAAACAACUUCGGUUUAUUAGACGUAAGCGUUUACAUUUGCGCCGCCUUACAAAUUCUAUUAAGGAAGGAGAAGCUACUUCUGUGUGGUCGUCUGGAACUGAAGAAUGCUUUGUUCAAGGAGGAUUACGCACUUUGGCUACUUUCGACAAUAGCAAUACACUUGAAGUUCGACUUCCUCCAGAAGGCUGUUCAGAUUCCUCAGACAGCAGUUGUGAAAACUCUUUUCUCUCGACCUUUGAUUGUGUUAAUGAAGACCUUUAUUCUUCGGAUUCUUCUUCGGAUUCCUCAGAUUCUAGUUUAAACUUUUUUUGCGAAAAUAUUUAUGAAGAACCAAUCGAACCGUUCAAAAUUCCCGAAUUAGACAUAUUCUCUUCUUCAAUUGAACCACCUACCCCUCCUAAACGCAAAUCUUCAAUCUUAAAAAAGAAAACAAUGAAGAAACGUAUAUCCAAAUUAUUCAGUAGAUUUCAUUUAAAAUCAUGUAACAGUGUAGGAUCGUCUAAAAUGUAAAUUUUCAAAAAAUAUGUAUUCCCGCUGUAUAUAUAUAUACAGUA